CACUUUUGCUAAUGACAAAUUCUAGUAAUUUGUGCUGUAGCAGGAGGCUUAAACAAUUCUAAUAUGAGUUCGGGUUCAACUUGUGCUGUUGUUGGCUGUCACAACAGCUCCAGAAAACUGAAAGACGAGCUAGAAACGUAUUGUUUUGCACAUCAACAACUUCGAAAGGCCUGUGUGUGCCCAGCGCGUUACGAACUGCACUCCAUGCCGAGGAAGGAGGAUCGAAAACGAGCGUGGCUGGCAGCUUUAAAACUCAAAUACCCCCCGAAGAGAGUUUAUGUUUGCUCCUUUCAUUUUAUUGAUAAAAAGCCCACAGAGCUUCACCCCGACCCGGAGCUCUAUCUGGGCUAUGACCGGGCCCCACCAAAGAAAAGAAGGCAGCUCAUCCGGACCACUGUGAGCCAGACAGCUUCCAGCAACAUCGACAAAACGGCCGAAUCUGUUCCCGAGUGCACCGUAGAUUCACCGUCAGUCAUCCCAGACCUGGCUAGCGUCUCCACACAACCUCCUGGGCCACAUCUGCACUCAGUCCACACACAGUGGGAGGACCCUUCGCUAAAAGAUCAUCAUCAAUACUGCAACACGUCUGGCAGAAAAGAUGUCCAGGACAAGACGACUCAGUGUGAUGAAGUUGCAUUUUUUCUUCUACAAAAUGACGCAGACGCUUUGCUGUACACUGGUAUAGCGUUAGAAACAUUUAACACUCUUGUGUCAGCACUGGAAGGAGAUGACAACAAUGAAUUUACAAUGCCUGUACAAGAUCAAGUCCUUAUAACACUUAUGAAAAUAAAGACUAAUCGUGUCUGCAGCCCUUAA